AUGACUGGUAUAACUAACGGAGACGGAGCCGAGGCCCCGCUAAACCGUGCAGACGAGGUCAAAGAGCUGCUCGAGGCAGUCGAGGAAUUGAUCAUUCCAUUCAUUCGCUCCGCAGACGAAGAUGCCGCUACCAAGCACAGCGGUCACGGUCUGGCAAUCCGGGGCGGCGGACCCAGAACCGCACUCGUGGAGCACCAUCCCCCCAAGAAACUUGAGCAAAUUCUGGACUUGAGCAUUCCGGAGCAGGCGGGCGGGAAGGACGGGUUGGUGGAGAUUGUAGAGAAGGUGCUACGGUACAGCGUCAAUACGUGGGACCAGGGGUUUCUGGAUAAGCUGUAUGCGAGCACGAAUGCGGUAUGCCGUUGUCGGACUCGUCUCGGAGCUGCUGCUCGCCACGCUGAACACGAAUGUGAGAUUGCCCUCCCCUUUCCAAAUUUUUGUCCCGGUAAAGGGAGUGAGGUGUUGAUAAACUAUAUGCAAAAGGCACACGUCUACCAAGUCUCCCCCGUGCUCACCCUCGUCGAAAAACACACAACGAAGCACCUCGCCCACCGCUUCGGCUACACCUCCUCGCACGCCGGCGGCAUCUCCCAGCCGGGCGGCUCCGCGUCCAAUAGCUCUGCCAUCGUCAUCGCGCGAAACACUUUGUACCCUGAGACCAAAGAGGAGGGAAACGGUGACCGCCGAUUCACCCUCUUCACUUCCGCGCAUGGCCACUAUUCUCUCGAGAAAGCGGCGCAGAUGUUUGGUCUGGGGAGCAAGAAUGUGAUUCCUGUCCCUGUGGACGGGUCUGGGAAAAUGGUGCCAGAGGAAUUGGAACGGUUGGUGAAAGAAAGCAAAGGGAGGGGUGAGACGCCCUUCUUCAUCAACGCGACCGCCGGCACCACCGUCCUCGGCUCCUUCGACCCCUUCCCCGCGCUCGCCGCCAUCGCUAAAGCGCACAACCUCUGGCUGCACGUCGACGGUAGCUGGGGCGGCUCCGUAAUCUUCAAUCCUGAGAUCGCAAAAGGCCGGCUGGACGGCGUCGAAUUGGCGGAUUCCAUCGCGGUAAACCCGCACAAGAUGCUCGGCGUGCCCAUGACGAGUUCCUUCUUGCUAGCAAAAGACCUCCGCCAGUUCUGGAAGGCCAUGACGCUGCCCGCAGGAUAUCUGUUCCACAACGCAGGCGAGAGCGUGGAUGACAUCUACGACCUCGCGGACCUGACGCCGCAGUGUGGCCGGCGCGCCGAUGCGCUCAAGUUCUUCUUAUCGCUACAAUACUAUGGCGAGCAGCACUACGCUGGGGUUGUGGCGAAUGCGUACCAGCAGGCCGAGUAUCUGGCCAGCCUAAUCAAGGCGAGUCCGCACUUUGUAUUCGUCAGCCCCGAUCCUUUACCUUGUUUGCAGGUGUGCUUUUACUGGGCGCGGGAUGGUAAAUUAUCCGGAGAUAAAGAAGAGAACGGGAGGGUGACGAGCGAGGUUGCGAAGAAGCUGAUUAGUAGGGGGUUCAUGAUUGAUUAUGCGCCCGGAGAGAAGGGCAAGUUUUUCAGGGUUGUGGUGAAUGGGAGCACGAGGAGGGGGACGGUGGAGGGGCUGGUGAAGGGGAUUGAGGAGUGCGCGGGGGAGUUGGGGUUUUAG